UUUACUUUAUAAGACCAGAAGGGACCACCAUCCUUCUUCAGAAUACUUUCCUGUUCGAGUUUUACUCAGAUGUGUUUAAUGAACCGCUAAAUCAAGGACAUGUGAGGACGCCUACACGUCACCAAAUUUAGAGUGAGAAAAGUCAAACGAGGAUUUCCCAGUCAUUCGUGUCCGAUACAGGUCCACCCUCUGUUUGGAAAAUUCCCAUAAUUCAUAGGUCAACAAACUUAUUGGCAUCCGUCAACUCCUACACCAUAAGGAAAUCAGUUCCCAGUUCCGGGUAAAAUUUAUUAACUACAUACGUGAGCACGAUAUUCGUGAAGAGUUUAGAAAUACGCUGUCUAAAGUACAACGUUCAUGUUGGUGAACUUCCACCUCUAUUUCUAGUCUCUCAAAUGUAGGAGAACUACAGCUGCUCACGUGAUUCCCAAACAUCAAAUUUCUCCAGGUCACAGACUUCUGCAGUCGGUCACGUUAUUCAUUUCUCCACGUCAUUCACACUGAAUCUCCAACAUUACGAGUGGAAUUCUUAUCCGUCAAAUUAGAAAUGGGUAACUCAGUCAAAUACAAGGUGGAUCCGGAUGUCGCAUCGUCCAGCAGCAACGAGAGUCUACCGUCACCUAGAUGUUACCGGUAUAAUAUGACUCAAGGCAAAACUCGAGGUCAACAGGUCACGCCAGUGAUAAUGUGGGAACUGCCAUGCGACAACUUACAACAUCUGUGCUGCAGCAUUGAUGGUACAGUCUGGGUCUGUAGACGUCCUCAAAUUCUCCAACUAGGCCCGAAAGGUCAAAGUAUGUUUCUUCUGGAGGUCAAAGUUGAAAUUUGUGGCCUAGCAGCAAGCAACCAGGGUGACCUAGUUUUUACAGAUGGAAAAAAUAAGCGGCUGAUCAGCACAAGAUUUGAUGACGAUGUCAUCACUAAAAAAGUCAUGUCGACGGAGGAGUGGUACCCGAUAGGCGUCUGUUGCGCUGGCAAUGGUGACAUCAUCGUGGGGCUUUUUCUUCCGGAGGAACAGGGACGAGUCACGAGGUACUCCGUCACGGGUGAAACGAGAGAAGUGAUCCAGAAAGACAGUAGCGGGAACCAGCUGUACAAAUUCCCCGCGUUUCUCGCCGAAAAUGGAAACGGGGACAUAGUAGUAUCGGACCACCUAAAACGAACGGUAACUGUUGUUGAUCGCUGGGGGAGGUACAGGUUUACUUAUACGGCGGGCGAGCUGAACAGGCAGGAUACCGUUCCUUUCCUCCCGUUCGGAAUUUGCUGUGAUUCCUUUUGGAACAUUAUUGUGGCAGACUGUUGUAACGAUUGUGUGCAUCUGAUUUCAGUGAAUGGGGAAUUUCUGCAUCUGCUCUUCGACAAGUCGUGUGGAUUAUUUCGUCCUGUGGCACUGUCUAUGACACAAGACCGUAAGUUGUAUGUUGGAGACAGAAAUGGGAUAAAGAUCUUUAAAAUGGACGGUUUACAGACAUCCAGAGAAGUUUGUAAAACCUCUAGGGCUAACAGUUUAUCGUCGAUGGGAAACAACAGGACUGGAAGAAGUAAUGAUUGGAAAAUUUCGGAGAGUGCACAAGUUCUGAUUAGUUCGGGUAGUUCAAGCCUAAAGAAAACAACAGAGAGAAACAAUCCGACUAACCCUGGCUUUUAUAACAAAGCACAAACAAUGCCUCGUUUGAGAUCAAAAGCAUCUGAGUGUAACUUUGACGUCAUUACAACAAACCCCGAAAGCAUCGGGGAUGCAAAGAAUAGAAAAAAUAUUCUUGUCCCACCAAGCACCAUUACGUCUUCACCAUCAAAUCGGUCACAACCUUUGACCUCUUCCAAUUCGAACGUAACAACAUCUUCUAUCACCUCAACAAGUCAAACUAACGCUAUGUUAACGCCUCAUUCUUCAGCGAAAAAACCCACGUCACCAAAUAACUCUCCUUCAAAAUUAAAAACAGGGAAAUCAAAAGAAUCCUACAAUGUGACGCAUUCCACUGUGUCGUCAAACACUAUGACGCAUUCCACUGUAUCGCUAAACUCUGUGACGCAUUCCACUGUGUCAUCAAACACUAUGACGCAUCCCACUGUGUCGUCAAACACUGUGACGCAAUCCGCUGUGUCAUCCAACACUGUGACGCAUUCCACUGUGUCUUCAAAUACUAUGACGCAUUCUACUGUAUCAUCAAAGCAAAAGGAGUCGUUGACUUCCAGCACAACAACGAGCACAAAUGUUUCUUUCAUUACUUCCACGGCAUCCCCACAAGCAUCAAGAUCGCCAAUAUCAUCCACUGUUCCGACAAAGGUAAUUUCUUCUGCUGGGAGUACCAUUGUGUCAUCAAGAGAAAACGUUUCUUUUGCUACCAAAGCAUCUUUAAUAACAUCACCGUCACCCACAUCUUCUAAUUCACCAACAAAAGCAGUUUCUUCUAUAGGGACAUCGUCAAGCAAAAUGUCUUCUUCCCUUCCUUCAUCUUCUUCAAGAAACCUCUCAAGUCCUAUCGUGCCAUCAAGUGGAUUGACAAAUGCACUGUCUUCCUCGGGGAAUUCAAAUGAAACGGACAAAGCAAUGAUGUUAGCGGCAUCGAACAAGUCGCCAUCCGUAACAAUGCCCAUUUCGCCACAAAAGAAAUCGACUUUAAAAUCAUCAAAAACAAAUCCAAAGCCCGAUAUCGCGAAACCUACGUCACCAAAUGCACUUAAAAGUAAAUCAACUACUUUAGUGUCUUUUGUCGAACCAGUGACGUCAGUGAUAUCAAUGACGUCAAAGCCGUCUGAAACAUCUGACGGUAAAAACGUUAGUAUAUUUUGUAACGACACUCCUGAGAAAGGGUCUGGAUGCGAGGAUUCAUCACAAAAAUCUAUCAAAUCCAUUUCUAGGAAAACAGAAAAUGCACAGAGUGAGAAAAAGCCGACCAUUGCUCCUGACGGUAAGACAGGACUUAAAGGUACUUCAAAACCUGCACCUCUAACUGCAAAACCAACGUUGUCCAAAAGUCCUAAAAAAGUCGAGAAAGUACAUGUUGCAAGCCAAAAAGAGCAUUCUGCGCAAAGUAAACUAUGCGAGUCUGUUAACGACAAACAGUCAUCCCACGUUUCCGACAAAAUGAGAGAGACGGCACCGAGCAAGUCGCCAUCAAAGGGCGGGAAAAACUAUAGAGAUUCUAACAUCAUCGAAUCGACACGUAUAUAGGAUUCCUGUCAGAGAUGACGGGGAUUAGAACUCAGUUAUCUAAAACAGACGUGUUAUAUUACUGGUAGAUUGAUUAAUUAAGUAUUGUUUAACGUCCCUAUCGAGAAUAUUCUUUUCAUAUGGAGACGUCACCACUACCGGUGAAGGGCUGUAAAAUUUAGGCCUAUGCUCGACGCUUACGGCAUUUGAGCAAAGAGGGAUCUUUAUCGUGCCAAGAGGGAUCUUUAUCGUGCCACACCUGACAUGGGGUAUCUAUGUUUGCGGACCACCUUAUCGUGUUGCCUCUUACGACAAGCAAGGGACACUGAGGACCUAUUCUAACCCGGAUCCCCACGGGGGGGGGGGGGGGGGGGGGGCACUGAGGACCUAUUUUAACCCGGAUCCCCACGGGGGGGGGGGGCACUGAGGACCUAUUCUAACCCGGAUCCUCACGGGGGGGGGGGGGGGGGACACUGAGGACCUAUUCUAACCCGGAUCCCCACGGGGAGGGGGGCACUGAGGACCUAUUCUAACCCGGAUCCCCACGGGACUACUAAUUAUUGACCAUGGGAUUACUGGUAGAAGGCCAAUAUGUAAUUAUUUUUAUGCUGAACUUCAUGGACACCAUGUGAAAUGUAUUUCUUCAUAAACUUGUUGUAUUAAGAAGGACCAGGAAACAAAUGGAUUUCGAGGUCCGAAGGUUAAGACCAUAACUAGAUUUCUGAAAUCUUUUGGACGCCAUUUGCAGUAUUUGACAUAUCAACUUCAUAUAUUUUGGAAUCAUUGUCUUUCGUGGAGCUCAAUUUCAUAGAUUCCAUGCGUUCAUGUUCAUGUCUUCCUAGAAUAUAGAAAAACAAAAUACACAUUUUUAAAUAAUUUUUCAACAUACAAAACUAUAUGCACAAACUUGUAUCCCCCCCCCCCCCCCCCCAAACAAAACCCGGUAGAAUUCUUAGUAAAUUAACCUCUAAAAUUGGCCUCCGUGGCCGAGUAGUUAGAGCAUCGCGCUCAAAAUCAUCUCUGUCGGCGCGAGUUCGAAUCCUGCUUGCACCGGUACGUGAGAAAGUUUCCCAAUUUACUUUCGGAAGGUCGGUGGUCUCUUCCCAGGUACAUUGUAUCUGGAUUCUUUCUUCCACCAAUAAAAACUGGGCGCCACCAGAUAACUGAAAAAUUGUUGAGUGUGGCGGAAAACAUCAAUCAAUCAAUCUAAAAUUGGCCAUCGAGGAUUUGAAUGAUUCAACAGAAUGGCUGGUGCUAAGCGGAUGCCAUUCAUUGAUUUUUUUGUCAAAAGGUCAAAGGUGUUAAGUUCAAAACUGACAGUAUUACGAACAACUGUAAAGGGAAGUGGUUCUCAAAGCAGUGUGACCGGUUAACAGGGGAUGUUUACUCCUCCUAGGCACCUGAUCCCACCUCUGUCUGUCUGUGACCGGUUAACAGGGGAUGCUUACUCCUCCUAGGCACCUGAUCCCACCUCUGUCUGUCUGUGACCGGUUAACAGGGGAUGCUUACUCCUCCUAGGCACCUGAUUCCACCUCUGUCUGUCUGUGACCGGUUAACAGGGGAUGCUUACUCCUCCUAGGCACCUGAUCCCACCUCUGUUGUGUCCAACUAGUAAUUGUUAGGAAUGGAUAUGUUUUUGGUUAUAAGGAAAAUCAUUAUACAAUUACAUUAUUCAUAUACACAUGUAGUAUUCUGAUGUUGUGUAAGUUACUGGUAAAUGUAUUGAUGUUAUUGCAUUUCUUAAAACACUUGUACUCCACGAAAUUGUGAAUCUAUAAAAAUGACAGAAUUGUU